CGCUAUUCAGCUCGCCAUGCGCGCCCAGUGCUCUUCUUAAUACACCCAUCAUCUACUUCGCAGUUACGCCAGAACUCCCCGACCUGCAAAUCUAGACGUUGUGAACCUCAGAGAAGAAACAUCAUGUCUAGCAAAGAGGCAGACAGUCCGAAAGCGCGGACGCCCUUCGUGGUCCCCCAAUUUACCGCGAAGGACUACACGUCCUUCUUUCUCGCAGGCGCACUAUGUUGCACGGUUACUCAUGGUGGAAUGACACCUAUCGAUGUCGUGAAGACGCGCAUCCAGGUCGACCCGUCGAUGGCGCGGCUGUCCUUGCUCUCCGGCGGGCGGAGAAUCAUCGCGCAGGAAGGCCCCGCGGCGCUCCUUACUGGAUUUGGCCCUACUGCGGUAGGCUACCUCGUACAGGGAGGGGCAAAAUUCGCUGGGUAUGAGUUCUGGAAGAAACAGUUUGUCCAGAUCGCAGGUGACCAGGACACCGCUGUCAAGUACCGCACCGCCAUCUACCUCGGCGCGUCCAGUGUGGCAGAAUUCUUCGCUGACAUCCUUCUUACGCCCCUGGAGGCGACACGUAUUCGGCUCGUAUCCCAGAGGCACUACGCAACAGGGCUCAUGACGGGAUUCGCGCGCCUCGCGCGUGAAGAAGGCGUCUCAGGGCUGUAUGCUGGAUUCCUGCCUAUCCUUUGCAAACAGAUCCCCUACGCCAUCGGGCAGUUCACGGUGAACGAGUUCUGCCACGAGCUGGCGUUCCGCAACAUGUCGGAGGAGACGAAGCGCACGCUGAGCGGGCCUGCGGCGUUCGGGAUCUCGCUCGGGAGCGGGAUUAUCGCGGGUUUCGCGGCUGCCAUCCUCAGCCAGCCCGCGGACACGCUUCUCUCGCAGAUUAACAAGGGCCAUGGCCCAGAGGGGUCGAUGCCGCACCGUCUGAAGGUGCUCGCGCAGCAAGCUGGGUUCCGCGGCCUCUUCGCUGGCCUGGGCCCGAGGAUGAUCAUGACCGCCGGACUCGUGUCCGGGCAGUUCCUCCUGUACGACGUCGUCAAGCACGCGUUGAGCGCACCGCCUGGCUUGGAGAUCCAUAAGGAGGCCCAGUAGGCGGCUGAGGCGUAUAACGGAGCGCGGACUCCCAAGAGCGCUUGUUUCAGGACCGUGACUUUGGCAGGUGGAACGAUGUACGCGUAGCGCGGUGGGUCCACGACUCCACGGACUGUUGCUUUGGAUAUAGAUUCCGGCACCUUGAAAAUCAA